CAGGACCUAAGUGUCUUCAUAUGGUGCUGAAUAUGCAUGGUUAUCGACAGGGGUAAAUUACGUAAAAGAAAAAGUUCUGUAGACGAAAAAUGUGGGGAAUCAAAUUGCACACCCUCACACAAUUCCCUAUUCCUCACCAUAUUGAAUUGUCUUCUCCCCCCAUCCCCUACAAACGUUUGGAAGGAGAACACUCUUUCACUGGAAUUAGUACAUAGGAAUCGGAGGAGGGAAACCUUCUCCAUAGAUAAAGCGAAAAAGAAAGACAAUGCGUGAGGUGGAGCAGAAGCUGGCCAAGCAGUCAAGUUUUAAGAAUCGGGAUGGAUCGGUCCGGACCCCAGUCCCAAUAGGGUCCUGGGAUUCCGGAUAUGCAAGGAAUCGGGUAAAACUCGGGAUCAGGACGUACCGAUUCCGAUUCGAGUUCUGAAGAGACGACUUGUCCAGUUGUCCCUUGCGGCCAUGCCUUCGUUUUUUUUGUUUUGGUGAAUUUACUAUGCCCGUUUCUUAAUUCGUACUGAAACCCGGAAAGAGCCGUCACUCAGUCGCCACCCUCGCUCUUCACCGAUCUGAUAUCUGAAUUUGAACUUUCUUCUUUCUUCUUCAGAUUCACCGACUCGCCGUUUUCAUCGUCCGUCCGCAUCGCCGAUUCCAUCAAUCAGAGAUUCCGAACUUCAGACCCCAUAGUAGCCAUGGACGAGCAGGAAUUCCGACGCAUUCUGGAUAUGUUCCCAAUUGUCCGAUCUCGAGAUUACUGUUCUGAUUCAGAGUUACCAAGACAACACUCAGCUUCACAUUCAGCAAGUGACGAGCUAACAGAAUGGCAAAAUGCUUGGAGUGAGGGGGAUAAAAAAGGAACUGAAAUUCAGGGAAUUGAUACAAAAGAUCCAUUCUGGGAGAAAUUAAAAUUAGCAGCAGAGAAGAAGGUUGGUGCAGCUGAAGCUGAGAAAUUCUGCAAGGCUUUCCAAGUGGUUCACAGGAAACUUGUGUAUGAAGAACUAAGUCUAGAUGUGGCGCGGAACUUUAACAUCCGAUGACAGGUUAUAUGAAAAUACAAAGCAGAAUUUUAUAAUAAACUCAAGUAGAUGUUUCAUUGGAUAUUAUUCUCGUUAUGCCAUGUCAAAAAGUUGAAAAGAAAAAAAUAUAUAAUGAAUGAUUAUAUUGGUAAAUGAUUAAGUUCUCACUGAAUUGGGGUAAGUGGCGAUAAAAUGAGGAUGUUUGAGGUGUGGAUUGAUGCCCAGAA